UUCAAAAGCAGUGGAGUGGAGGGAACGAGUGCUUGUCUGAGUGCGAGAAUCAGGGAGACAGUAUUUCAAUGUGACAUAGCAUAAAGAGCACAAGGAAGAGCAUUCGACACACAAGUUUUAACGCACACACGUCAUUAGCCUACAUCAGCGUGUGGUGCUGAAAAAUCUCACAGAAGUGCUCAACGAAUAAACUAGACACCUGAACUGUAUUUCUCAACUCGGAAACAUGCAGGCAAUCCUGUUUGCAGCAGCAGUGCUCUUUGCGCACGACCUCGCCGUGGCCGAGCCGAAGACGAAAUGUCCAUCCAAGUGUGAUGUGAGUAAAUGUCCGAGUCCGAGCUGCCCGAGCGGGUACGUGCCCGACAACUGCAACUGCUGUCUAGUGUGCAGCCUGGGCGAGGGCGCGCCGUGCGGUCGGAAGGACGAUGCUCCGUGUGGCGACGGGCUAGAAUGUAAAUUUCCAGCCGGUAAGCGACUUUCCAAAGGUGUUUGCCAGUGUAAGACAACGCACAGAGUCUGUGGCAGCGACGGAAAGACCUAUGGGAAUGUGUGCAAGAUGAGGGCAGCCGCGCGUAAAGCGCAACAGCGAGGGCUCCCUGUAAUAACCCUAACGCAGAAGGGUCCAUGUGCACCAUCAAGCUCAGGUCCUGCACAUCUGAACAGCCCAAGAUACAAGUUUAACUUCAUUGCUGAUGUGGUGGAGAAGAUUGCACCGGCUGUGGUACAUGUCGAACUCUUCCUCAACCAUCCACUGUUUAGCCGUCAUGUACCUUUGUCAAGCGGUUCUGGAUUCAUAAUGACACAGUCCGGUCUGAUUGUGACCAAUGCUCAUGUGGUUGCAAGCAGUGAACCAGUAACUGGCCGUCAAAAUCUACGAGUGCAGCUACACGAUGGCCAGACAUAUGAGGCCUCCAUCAGAGACAUUGACAAGAAAUCUGACAUCGCCACUAUCAAAAUUAACCCAAAGAAAAAAUUGCCAGUGUUAUCGCUGGGUCAGUCUGCUGACCUGAGGCCUGGUGAGUUUGUGGUUGCCAUUGGCAGUCCAUUUGCGCUUCAGAACACAGUCACAACAGGCAUCGUCAGCACAACACAGAGAGAUGGAAAAGAGCUCGGCAUCCAUGACUCUGACAUGGAUUACAUCCAGACUGAUGCUAUCAUCAAUUAUGGAAACUCAGGAGGUCCACUUGUUAAUCUGGAUGGUGAGGUGAUCGGAAUAAACACACUAAAAGUCACUGCAGGGAUCUCUUUUGCAAUUCCAUCAGACCGAAUCAGUAAAUUCCUUGAUGAAUCUAAUGAUAAAGAGCAGAAAGUCAAACAAAGGGUAGUCAGGACAAACUUCACACAGUCUCAAGCUAUGAAGACUGCCUCAGAUCUAAAAGUCCCCAAGAAAAGGUUUAUUGGAAUCAAAAUGGUCACUUUAACAGAGAACCUAGUCCAGGGGUUAAAAUGGUAUAAUUCAGACUUUCCAGAUAUCGGCAGUGGAAUUCUUGUCCACGAAGUUGUCCCAGACUCCCCAGCUCAGAAAGGUGGGCUCGAAACAGGUGAUGUCAUAGUCAAGCUAAACGGCCUUCCUUUGGUCAACACUGGAGAAUUACAGGAGGCGAUUCAGGAAGACAUGCCCCUCCUUCUGGAAGUUCGGCGUGGUAAUGAUGAUCUACUAUUUAACAUUGAGCCUAAUAUCCUCAUGCAGUGACAAUGUCAGAGAUGGGAACCCGGAGGAGUGAUAUGAAGGACAAACAGCAGACUGAUAGAAGUGUGCUUGAGUUUCUACAGAUGGAUGAAAAUGUGGAGUACAAUGGAGUAAAAAAACCAACAAGAACAAAAAAAAACAAAAAAACAAUUCUGUACUGAACUACUUCUGACCAGUGUCAUAAUUUAAAAAUUGUCUCUUAAAUUGAAUGUUAUUAAUGCUAUUUUACAGUAAAAUGCCACAGUAUUACAGUGCCUUUCUUUCAAGACUGACUUGGACUGACUUAGAGAUCAGUAAUCAUUUAGAAAUAUAUAUAAAAAAGGCAAUUUGUUGAUACACUUUAUACAUACAGUACGCUACUGUUUUUGCACAUAAAGUGUAAUAUUUUAAUUUUAUAUGAUACCGUUGCUGUCAGGAAAUUCACCAGUCACAGUGUUCUUUGCACACAGCUUUUGUAAAGGCAAUUGCUGAUAUUGUUUAUUAAUUUUAAUGAAGGCAAAAUAUUUGUACAAUGAACAUGUAUUUUGAUAAAUGACUCUGGAAUAGCUAUUAUUUUUCAAAGCUGACUUAAAGUGUCUGACACUGUUUUAAAAUUUACAAGGACUUUUAUGAUUGCAGUCUAAUUCAUGUUUAGGAUCACAUCACAAUCAAUUUACUUACUAUUUGUAUCCCACAAUGUAUUCUGGAGCCGCAACAGGAACAAGAAAUCCAGACUUUGUGACAUUAGUUCAGUCCUGUACUAUCCUACAUGUAGAGGAAUAAAUAAAAAGA